CCGUUUAUACCCCGGCCCGCCGGCAGGUGUCUGUCGCCAGACCCGGGGCCAUGCCCGCCGACCUCAGCGGCACCUGGAACCUGCUCUGCAGCGACAACUUCGAGGGCUACAUGCUGGCCCUAGGUAUCGACUUUGCCACUCGUAAGAUAGCCAAGAUGCUGAAGCCACAGAAAGUAAUCGAGCAGAAUGGCGAUUCUUUUACCAUCCACACGUGUAGCAGCCUAAGGAACUACCUUGUUAAAUUUAAAGUUGGAGAAGAAUUUGAUGAAGAUAACAAAGGCCUGGAUAACAGGAAAUGUAAGAGCUUGGUCGUCUGGGAUAAUGACAGACUCACCUGUGUCCAGAAGGGGGAGAAGCAGAGACAGAGGCUGGACCCACUGGAUCGAAGGGGACAAGCUCCACCUGGUAUAUGCCAAAUUUUUUCUUUUUUUUAAU